GGAUUAGACCUCAGUGUGUGUGACCCAGAGAGGGACGCUAGUUUUGUUUCUCUUCUGCUCGGAAAAAGUGAAAUCGGGUUUAUUUGUUUAUUUUUAUUCAUUUAUUUGUUUGUUUUUCUUUUAUUACAUGUGCAGUUUACGUGUCCCGCGUUAUGUCGUAUGCCUGGGGCUCCGUCUGGAGAGAUAAUUUAGUUUAUGUUUUAAUGAUAACAUCGCGCUGUCAGAUAGUUACCAACAAACAGGCGAUGCGGAGUUGAUUUUCCUCAUUAAAUAUAGAUUUAUCUGGCGAUGUGGAAAAAGGGGAGAUAAAAUUUCACACUGUGUAGCUGAUAUCCAGUACAAGGUGAAGCAAUGCUUAAUCUGAACCUGUGGAGGAGCCGCUAGUGGGAUUUGGCGACCCCUCUGGCCGGAAUACGUUAAUGCAAGGGAUUUGUAGAAAAGCCAUGCCGCUGACACUGAGUUUAUCCCCGGCCGCCGUGUGUCAGUGCUUCACACUGGUGUCCCUCUGCACCUCCAUCGCCGACCCGAACUGGAUCCAGGUGCAGAACAGAACAGACACGAGCCAGCUCAUUUACGGAGUGGCUUUUAUUCUACACGCUACUCAGAACCUCACCAACACCGCUCCUUUAGGUGGAAUGCAUGGACUGGGCAUGGAUUUGCUCUACACACUCGCGGCUGUGUGCUACAUCGCCGUUCUUCUCUCCAGCUCCUCCUUCUUAGUAGAUUUCCUCGGUAUGGGGUUCACUCGCCCCAGACUGGUCGUGUCACUUCACAUCUCCACAGCCGUGACGUGCGUGGCGGCCCUAGCUGUGAGUGGAACGUGUUUCUGGGUGAUCCGGCAGAACGUGCAAAAAGGGAGAACGGGCUGGGUUUGGACCACGGCCUCGGCUCCACCCAGCGGACUGAUCACCAUGCCCGGAGAGAGCUUUUACCUCGAGAUCCUGGCGCUCUUGUUCUCCGUUGUGGCUGCCAUCUUCAGCUGUCGCUGUCCUCCAGAGUCCAUAGUUCCGUCGCAGUUCUACUCGGUGGAGUCUGAGGACCGAGAGAGGCAGCGUCUCAUCUCUGACCCGGGACCUGACUCAGACGAGUGGGACGACUGAUUAGACUUCACAUUAUCAGACCGUCUGCUCUGCUAUAGUGGUUAAGCGAAGCUAACUGCUGAAUAUGUUGUUUCUGAAAAUCUGUGCACUGUGUUAUGUUUUUAAUUAUUAUUCUUGUUCUUUUUAACAAAGAAUAUCCAAGACCUUUUUAUACAUUUUAAUCAGGUCUGCUUAUUACUACUAAACGAUUCGAAAUGGACCAAAGACAUAACCAAACCGUUUGGGUAGACCCCUGACUUUAAUCUGUUUAUUUCAUAAGCAAUAAAAUAUGAUGGGCAUGCUGUUAUAGGAAAAUAAUCAGUGAUGCAAAGUUACUGUUACCCCCACAGAAUUGUUUUCCUGUAAGAGCUUGCCCGGAAAUGUUUUAUUCCUCUUAUACCACUGUAAAUCAUACUUUUUAUCCAUAUGUAGUUACAUUUAAUGUCGUGGAACUGAAGAACCUCGGAAACAAAUUAUUUACUCUUCUCAGUCUUAGCCUCUGUCUCUCUUGCUCUCUCUCUCUCUCUCUCUCUCUCUCCCUCUCUCUCUCUGUUUCAGGUAAUAAGACAAAAACGCAACUUGUCAUGUUACUGAUAAACAACAAAGCACAAAGUCCUCUGUGCUACAGACUCACUACAUCUGGGAACUUAAAGCCACAGCUGUAUAUUUUACAUUAAACAGUAAAUAAAUUUCGUCUUACAAAACUAUUCACCUGUCAUUCCAUGACUAUGGAAACCAUAUUGUCCCAGAGCUGCUGUUAGACAAUUUUAACCAACACCUUCUGACCAAUCAGCAUCCAGAAUUCAGCAGCUCUGAUGUAUAACUAGUCGAUCUUUUUAAGGGAGUGGACCUAUUAAAAACUACAAAAACCAUCUUAUCAGAGACCAUUUAGCAUGGUACAACCAUCGAAGCCAUUAUUCUGACUGAAGGAAGCAGGAAACUCUCAGUGCCUUAAACCGCUGAUCAGAAUUUCAGCGUAGGAUUACGAGAGGACUCAAAACUGAUGAUGUUUUAUAGAAGUAGCAUCGAGGCAGGAAAAUAUUGUUCUAAUAGUAAUAAUAUAAUAGCUUUGUGUUGCAAGAACAUUCAUAUGUAACAUCUAGUAUCAUUUCAAUGUAACUGUAACACUUAGUUGUAAAAACAUUAACUAUAUAAAAACAUUUCUGUUGGGUUGUGUGACGAAUCUUCUCUGGUCACUGAAAACCUUCAUGGGGUUCAUACAGAUGUGUCUACAGCUGUUGAGAUACGUCCAUGUGUUACUAUAACUGACGAACCAAAACUGUUGAUUCACAUCGUUAUGUAUUUAUAUGUAUUCCGAUACAACAUCGUCACUAGGUACGUUAUAGUUGCAUGUAGAAUUUAAGUGUAACUAUGAAGGAAUUAGAGAAGAACGUUUAUUAUUGUGAGAAAAUUCAGAACCUGACAGUUCUGGAACCGUCCAUGAUGCUGAUGGAUCUCCCACUGAAUCGAGACCCGAGUGCUCACUGUCUCGUCGUCAAGUCUAGACAGAAAAUAUUUUCUGUAGCUACGUCCAAAACUAGCCACGUUUUUGCCGUCUGAGAGACGAAAUAUAUAUAAAGAGCGUCAAGAAACCUGAGGACAAACGUUCAGCAGUGUUCAUGAGUACGUUCAGCUACAUGCUGACACGAAGACUCAUGAUGAAGAAACACACUUCCUGUUUCGUGCGUGUGACAAAACAUAUGCGCGGAGUUUUUCGAUCCAGGGUUGCUUUUUGUUUUCAGGUUGUGAUGGACAGGAAAAUAUGUUUAAUAUUGCAGAAAUAAAAUAUAUAAUUUAAUGAAUGAAUAAAUGUGUACGUAUAUUUGUAUGUGGUUGUAUUCCAUUUUAUUGUGAAUAUGUUUUAUUAUUUUAGAAGCUAUACAGUAGAUUAUUACUCAUUUUAUUACAUGGGGAAAAUAUUUGUAAAAUAAUAAAAUCAAACAGAUAUUACAGGAAGGUUAUUGUAUACUAUAAUGUAUAUGAUUUAUUGUGUAAUAUAUAUAUAUCGUGUAUGAUUUAAUUUAAUGAUAUAUACUGUGUUUACAGCAGUGCAUAAGAGACAGCCUAAAAGUCUCUACUAAAAGAAAGUUCUAGGUAAUCAAAUACUUUUGGAAAAAUAUAUAUAGGUAUAAAUAAAAUACAUUAAUAAAGCGAAUAUACAGUGCAUUAGUGAAUAGUUUCUGGUAUGUUGCAGGAUAUUUCUGUUACCCUGUCCACACUCGCCUUGUGGUCAACAACAUGGCUGUAACGUGACUCUGUUGCAACACAAGUAAACUUUAACACUUGUUAAAAGUGUCGUCUUGUGCUACCAUACAUCAUGUUGUGUAUUUAUGACUCCAUAGCUCGGUUUUGCUCUGGUGUGAUUCUGUGAAACAUUUUCCCCGAAACUAUUAUCUUCUAUAUAUAUUAACGCUAACUCCGUACAUGCAUACAGUCGUCACUUGAACCCUAGCGUGCCGCGGCCAAAAUUCUAGUUGUGUGCAAAAGUUUUGGCACCCCUGACCAAUUCUUAUUUCCCAUACAUAUUUUCCCUGUGUGUGUAUUUCGGAGAAGAAGAGAAUCUAAUCAUUGCAGUAAAGGUUUAUAAAAUAUAUUGAUGCAUAAUAAAAAAUAAUAAUUGUUAUUGCCUUUUAAUUCAUGUGAAGCGUUUGUGUUGAUGAUAUAGUGGAGCGGUGUAAAAGAGCGUUCAUGUGUUAACAUUUUAUUUUUAAUGUUUUUUUUUUUUAAUAUUUUUGCAUAAAAGUGACUGCUGAGCCGUGAAUAAAUUAAUACAUUCAAAUAUUUA